AUUUGUCCAUUUGUGCCGUUUAAGUGUUUGUGAAGCCGGGGCUGUGUGUGACUGUGUCUCCUGGCAGCUUGGACAGUGCAGAGUCGAAACUCUGAAGUGGCUCGUGUAGUGACAGGCAGUGCGCCGCUCUCUGACAGACCGUCUGCCUCGGCGCUGCGCUGUGGUCGCUGGUCGCCUUGAACCAGCGGAGGCAGACGGCAGCGUGCCUCCGCUGGUAGCCGACCAUAGCGCACUGACACUGUGUCGUGUUGUAACGCUGUAAUAACGCUCGAGUCAGCGGACCACACCGAGGGAAAUGAGCGUGUUAUUAGGGGUGUAAAAGGCUGCCCAGCCCGGGUUGUUGUAUGUGUGUGUGUCGGGUGGAGGUAGUUGGCGGUGUUAGGAGAGUGAGCGGAGCUUUAAAUGUGCUCUGAUUUAACGACACUUUGUACGGUCAACUGUCAACAGCGCGCGGCGACUCGCUCGCUCGCUCGCGCGCGCUGUCAGAGCAACUUUGCUGGCAGCAUGGCAGCUUCAGCUUCAGGAUAUUUUUACUCCGCGGUCGCUCCGGCGGUAAUUUGCUCUAAUGGAGCGCAAAAGGCUGCGCCGAACAAGCCCGUCUGUUACCGUAACAUUGUGGCGGAAACAUUAGUGUUGAUGGGCGUGUGUGUGUGCGUGUGUGUGUGUGUGCGUGUGUGUGUGUGUGUGUGUUUUUCUUUCCACGGCAGAGGCUACAAGACACGUCGUCGCACCAAGUUGUGUCUUAUGUUUCCACUGUGACACCGUGCUGUGUGUUCAACUAACCUGUCUAACUACACCGAGUUGGAAGGUUUGGCCGAGAUGCGCAGAGUUGGCUUCAGUGUUGCCUCAUAUCUGUCACGCACUGAGAGUUUCGGUUAGACAGUGUUUAUGCUCCGGAACAGUUAAAAUUAAUGACCACGUUUAGGCCUAUUCAAUAAAAUGAAAAUAAAAUCAGAGAUAUAUUGAGGACCUACUUUUUGGGCUGACAAAAAUCUGUGCGCUGUGAAUUUAAUUACCACACUAUAAAGUAGAUUGGCGGAAGUUAUAUAGUUGUAGUAAUUAAAUGUUCUGAAUUGUGUUUACAUUACUGGUUGUUUGUCGGUCUUGAUAUCAGUCUGUUUAGGCUGCAUUCUGAACUGCUUCUAUUUUCGGACGGGUCCAGUUACAGACUUCAGUCUUGAUAUUGAGUUUAAGAUUCUGUCAUAAAUCUGCAUGCGGGUCAUAAAGCCAGUCCUGCCGUCGGUUAAUUAAAUACUAGUGUUCAUUCACGUUAAGUAACUGACCUACAAAUGCACUUAAAGUAAAGAGAAAACAGAGCGCUGCUGGGUCCCACAACAACAACACGCUGUCACAGGGGUUAUUAUAGCAGAACAAGGCAAACUGUUACUGGUGUAACCUUCCAGCUGCACCGGUCGGGUAGGAGAGCCACUCAGGGCAAGGACUCCCUGCAGUUGAAAUUAAAAUUCAUAGUUUGGAUUUAAAUUCGUUUGACAAAAAAAAUAAAAUAGGUGUUUAUAAGUGUUUAUAAUAAGUGAGCUGCUUGCUCAAACCAUUUCCCUUAUUUGAUCGGCAUGUUGACAGUGAAGAGCAUGAAACUCCGAGCCCGCCGGUCUGAAGGCACAGACACACACACUCAACUUUUCUCUGUUAGACUCAAUGCAGAGAGUGGACGGAGCCAGCUUGGGCUCAUUUUCAUGAUAAAACUGCCAAGCGAUUUUAAAAUAAUGCCCAGGAUAUUUAAUGGUGUUUAUUACUUAUAUGUGCUAUUUGUAAUAAAUCAGUCAGUGUUCAGCGGAGUCUCUGUUUGUAUUUCUGAAAAUGAAAUACAUAAAAUGAUCCCGCUAUUACAGAAUUCUAUCAUGGAUACUUUGGUCUGCUCCGGUCGGUUAAUAUGUGCCACACAUUUUCUUUCAUUUCUUACAUUAAGUUGUCAAGUGACAGUGAGGGGGAGAGAAAUGAAUCCAAAGGUUGAAAUUAAAAUGUCUAGACAGUGUUUAUUUAAUAAAUGGCGCCGCCUUCUGGAGGAAAGACUGCAUCUGUUUCUCAGUCUGCCACAUUGAUGAAGACCUUGUGAGGAUCACAAAUGAUUUCAGCCCAAUUAGUUUACUUUAAAGACCACCUGUACAACACAGCAAACUUGACAAAAUGGCUUGCGCAGCAGACAGCUGCAUACAAUUCACACGCCAUGCAAGUGAUGUCCUGCUCAACCUGAACCGUCUGCGUAGCAGAGAUAUUCUCACAGAUGUCACUAUCUUGGUUAACAGACAGCAGUUUCGGGCACACAAGACCGUUCUCAUGGCUUGCAGUGGGCUGUUUUACACCAUCUUUACUGACUCCCACAAGUGCAACCUUAAUGCUAUCAGUCUGGACCCAAAGGUGGACCCAGAGGGCUUUGCCAUCCUGCUAGAGUUUAUGUACACCUCUCGUCUGACACUAAAGGAGAGUCUGAUUAUGGCGAUCAUGAACACAGCCAUCUACCUGCAGAUGGACCAUGUUGUGGACACCUGCCACAGAUUCAUCAAAUCCAGUGAUCCGUCCGCCAAGCUGCCAAGAGACGAGUUUUUGGUCAGUCCCUUGGUUUUACCUCAGGAUGUCCAUGCUUACCGACCCCAUGAUGUUGUUGACAGUUUGCACAGCCGCGUAGCUCCGUUCAGGGAUGGGAGGCCCUAUGGCUCAAACAUGUUCAGUGGGGUCAGCACCCCCAGCAACUACCAUCUCUACGGGCAGUUUCCCAUGCCAGGAUUCCCUUUCCCUCUCUGCAAGCUGACUGAUGCCAAAAACGCUUUUGCUGACCUCUCUAAGGGUGGCAUCCACCACAAGCAUUGUUCUCCGCAUGACAGCGCCAACAUCAUCAGGGCAGAAUACACCAGGGCAGUGGGUACCAGCUCCUCCAGCAUUAUUCACUCCACCACCUACGCUUCCAGAGAGGUAGGGAGAGACGAUGAGAUGAGGAAGGAAAGCCAUGAGGGGGUCAGCCAGUCUAUUGCUCUCGGCACAAGGAAGCGUGCAUUUCCUGUGUUGACCCUCGAGCACCACAAGGACUCGGGCAAAGAUCACGCUCCUCAGGCAGAGGAAGACCUGAUCCAUCAGCACUACCCCCUCGGAAUCUCCUCCGCUGGACGCAAGAGCCUCAUGAGCAGCCCGCAGAGCCCUCUCAAAUCAGACUGCCAGCCCAACUCCCCAACAGAGUCCAGCAGUAGCAAGAACGCCGGCCUCUCCCAAGCCGCCGGAGUGCAAACCCCGCAAGGUACGCAGGACCCCAAAGCUCGCAACUGGAAGAAGUACAAGUUCAUCGUACUGAAUCAGAGCGCCAAGGAAGAUGAGGUGGGGCUGCGGGAUCCCGGGCUUCGUUCCCCUCAGCGCCUUGGCCUGCAACCCUACCUCCACCCCAGCGACUCUGAAAACCUCGACCCACAAACCACAAUUAAGAGCAACGAUCACAGUGAGGACCUGCCUGUGCCCCAGGCUAGUCGUCUCAACAACAUCAUUAACAGUGCACUUGAGGGGUCACUGAGGAACGGUGACAGCCACCCUCCACACUACUUGAGCCGCCUGAACUGCUCAUCCUGCGGCACCCCGUCCCCACAGCACUCAGAAGUCUGUCCCAACACCUCCAGGUCCCGUCUAGCAGAGGACAUGGCAGAACUGCACUCAGAAUACUCAGACUCCAGUUGUGAAAAUGGUACAUUCUUAUGUAAUGAAUGUGACUCCAAGUUUGCUGAAGACGAAGCGCUGAAGCAGCACAUGCUUCAAGUACACAGCGACAAGCCAUACAAGUGUGACCGCUGCCAGGCUGCUUUCCGCUACAAGGGCAACCUUGCAAGCCACAAGACUGUCCACACAGGAGAGAAGCCGUAUCGCUGUAAUAUCUGUGGUGCUCAGUUUAACAGACCAGCUAACCUCAAGACUCACACUCGCAUCCACUCAGGAGAGAAGCCAUACAAAUGUGAGACGUGUGGAGCUCGUUUUGUACAGGUUGCUCAUCUCCGUGCCCAUGUGUUGAUCCACACGGGUGAGAAGCCAUAUCCAUGUGAGAUCUGUGGAACACGCUUCCGUCACCUGCAGACGUUGAAGAGCCACCUGCGUAUACACACAGGAGAAAAGCCCUACCAUUGUGAGAAAUGCAACUUGCACUUCCGCCACAAGAGUCAGCUACGGUUGCAUCUUCGACAGAAGCACGGAGCCAUCACUAACACAAAGAUCCAAUACCGUAUGUCAACAGCAGACAUGCCUACUGACUUGACAAAGGCAUGUUGAGCUGGAAGGAGGGAACAGUUUUAAAGGAGGCAAUCUUGACCUUGGCAUUUAAAGACCCCAACUUGUACAAUCAUCCAAAAUUGUAGUGCCACACUGUGUUUAUUAGACAAAUAAAUUGGCUGUGUACGCCAUUCUAAACGGGUUUCCACUACAUGUGAACGUAGAGCCACUUAUGGCAUCUUAGUCACUUUAUUGUUUCUAUAUAGAUAUAAAUAUAUAUAUGUAUGUUGGAAGUGUUUCUAAGCUUUGAAGGUACGAAUAUAAAGCUUUAUUUUGUUGAGAAGGAUGGAAUGUAAACAAUCUGUUUUUUGAAAAUACAGUAUUUUAUAUCAGAGAACUUACUUUUCUGAAAGUAUUGAAAAUUUUGAUUGACGGGUGGUACAUAUAUUUUAAGAUAAUGAGAUUUGCGGCUGUAUAGAGUUGUCUAUACAUUUUUAUGUAGAUGUACGUACAUGUUGCACCAUGUCAAGUUGCCAUAUUCAUGUGAAGGGGGAGAAAAAAAUGACAUUGUAAUUGGUUUUAGUCAAAACAUAUCAGAUGACUGCUGCUGUCUGAUGAGGAUAUGCAUGAGGUACUCUCUUACCGUUGCCAGUUGUCAGCGCGCACAUGAAGUGGGCAACUGCAUAAAUAUUGUGACAUAUUGUGUAAUUAUAUCUGUGCGAUUGCUCUCUGCUGGCAGAGCCAAUCUAAGUGUGGAAAUGCAUUUCAAGGUACUGCUUUGUUAUGACCAAGAAAAUAUUUUGCUUCAAAUGUAUUUGUAUAGAUGUGAUUUUUGUUUUUGUUCAUUUGUUUUCCAUAAGUGAAGGUUUACAGUUUUGGUCAUUGUUCUAGAUCCUACAGUAAAGUUGUGUGUAAGUGUCAAGGUUUUUGUUUGUACAUACACUGUGUAUUCAAUGUGCCUUUCUCUAUAUGGUGACUGAAUUCUUCUCCAUUCAGCCCAGCUGUAUUAAGGUACAACUCAAGGACACCACUUGUCCGAGAUCGUUGUGUGUGUGUGUGUGUGUGUGUGUGUGUGUGUGUGUGACUGUAUGUAUAUAUUUUUAAAUGCUUGUCACCAACCCUAAAACAUGCAAAUUCAUCAUUGUAAAUCUUCAGGACUUGUUUUUGGAUUGGGCUUUUUUAACUGCAUUAAAAUUAUUGUACAAUGUUAUAGAUGUAUGAAUGUAAAAUAAACGUAUUGGAUUUCUA